AUGGCAGAGCGCAAACUUGCAGUCGUGGAAUCUCAUCGAGAAGGUCGUGACCCAAUGGAGGUCAUCCGUUUAGAUGUUAGCUUUCCCCGAAUGAGAUGGCAUCGACGGAUUGGGUCCGUACAACUGCUGAGAGAGCGAAAAGGGAUUGGAGGCGUCAGACAGUCUUGUAGAUGGUAUCCAGAAUGCGCGAUGUCUGAAGAUGGGGUAUUAGAUAUCCGGAUCCAGGGACUGUGCUCCGGGGGAUGGAGGUGGAUUGCCGAUGUCAAUAUUUCUUCUCUGUUCCAGAUCCUCCUUCCACCUUAUGUGAAAGUUUUCAUAGCUUUCGCUGCAACUCAAAUUUCGAUAAUGUGA